AUGGACCAGGUAAUGCAGUUUGUCGAGCCCAGUGGGCAGUUUGUGAAGGAUUCAAUCCGGCUGGUGAAAAGAUGCACCAAACGCGAUAGAAAAGAGUUCCGGAAGAUUGCCAUGGCAACAGCAAUAGGAUUUGCUAUAAUGGGGUUCAUUGGCUUUUUUGUGAAAUUGAUCCAUAUCCCCAUUAAUAACAUCAUUGUGGGUGGCUGAAUACCUUUUUGGAGGAGGGUUUUUCCUCUUGGGGACUGGUCCCCAA